AUGUCUUCGACAUACGACCCUUCGAACCCCUUCUACAAAUUCUACAAGCCCUCCAUUCCUGCAGCCAUUGCCGUUGCCGUCCUGUUCCUUGCCGUCGGCCUGGUCCAUUUAUGGAGAAUAAUUCGGACGCGACAAUGGUUUGGAAUUGUGAUCCUUGUUGCAGCAGCGUUCGAGGUCGUUGGCCUGGUCGCGCGAGUUGCCUCCAGCAAGCACCUCGAGAAGGAAUUGCCAUACGAAAUCCAAACCGUCCUGAUCCUCCUCGCCCCCAUCCUAUACGCCGCCGUGAUCUACAUGUUCCUCGGUCGUCUCAUCCUCAAAUCAGGAUACCCGGAGUUAUCCUUCAUCCGCAUCAAGUGGCUGACUCCUAUUUUCGUCACGGAUGACAUCUUUUGCUUCUUCGUUCAAGCAGCCGGCGUCGUUAUCCUGCUCCGUGCCGACUCCAAGUCCAAGUUCGACUUGGCCAAAGCGGUCAUUCUCGCUGGUCUGGCACUGCAGGUGCUCUUCUUUGGCAUCUUCGCCUUGGUUGCCGUUCUUUUUCACAUCCGGUUCAGUUCCCGUCAUGGAGGGAAUGUCAUUCGUCAGGGCGUGAACGUGAAUGUGAAUAUCAGACUGUGGAAUCUCUACAUCUGCAGUUUGCUGAUCACUGUCCGCAACAUCUACCGGUUGGUGGAAUAUGCGACUGGUACGGGCGCCUAUCUCUCGUUGCACGAAUGGCCAGCUUAUGUGUUGGAUAUCGGACUGAUGUUUAUCAUCAUGGUUCUCUCCAUCUUCUGGUAUUUCCCCAAGACGACGGCCCCUGGUGUCGGCAUGCGUUCGGAAUACCCUCUGGCUGAGCAAGGGCCCCUCGAGUGA